GCCGCCGCCAUGACGACGGCCACGUCCGGUGUCCUCUUCCUGUCCCGCCACUUCCGCUGCCGCCACCCCAUUCCCCAUUGGGAGCUUACACACUGCCUUACACCAGGGGGGGGCGCAGGCCGCUCCCCCCACCGGGGGCCUCUCCAUCCCGCUCAUCCGCGCUUUCCAGAGCUGGCGCGGAGCAGACGAGCUCGCCGGAAGCGAGGAGCCUCUCUGGGCCGCGCUCGCUGCCCUGGGAGGAGUGACGGCAACGGCGGCAGUGGGGGGAAGAUGGCGGAGGCGGCGGCGGCGGUGCCGCAGCACCGGUUUUUUUGCCACAGCUGCAAGGGCGAGGUCAGCCCCAAGCUGCCGGAAUAUACCUGCCCGCGCUGUGAGUCCGGCUUCAUCGAGGAAGUCACUGAUGAUUCCAGGUACCAGAGAACCCAGGGAUAUCCAAUGUCCAGUUUUUUCGAUGGCAAUGCCCUGGACGACAGCCCCUCCUCACAGUUCGCAGAGCUUUGGGACCACUUGGACCACACAGUGUUCUUCCCGGAUUUCCGGCCAUUCCUGAACAACGGCUCCCUGGAUCCAGAGAGCCGGGACAUGGAGAGGGGCCCCCCAGCUGAACUCUGGGGCCCCAGUCGCCCCCCACGGCUGCCGAUGCCUCGGAGGUACCGAUCCCGUGGCAGCUCCCGACCGGAUCGCUCGCCUGCCAUUGAGGGGAUAAUCCAGCAGAUCUUUGCUGGGUUUUUUGCCAACUCAGCUGUUCCUGGCUCCCAACAUCCUUUUUCCUGGAGCGGGAUGCUGCACUCCAAUCCUGGGGAUUAUGCGUGGGGACAGAGCGGCCUUGACGCCAUCGUCACCCAGCUCCUGGGACAGCUGGAAAACACGGGACCACCGCCAGCAGACAAGGAGAAGAUCUCGUCACUCCCAACAGUGCCAGUGACGCAGGAACAAGUCGACACAGGGCUGGAAUGCCCGGUGUGCAAGGAGGAUUACGCCGUGGCGGAGCAGGUCCGGCAGCUCCCCUGCAACCACAUCUUCCACAGCAGCUGCAUCGUGCCCUGGCUGGAGCUGCACGAUACAUGUCCCGUCUGCAGGAAGAGCCUAAAGGGUGAAGAUUCCACCCGGCAAAUGCCGAAUCCUGAUGCUUCCGACAGCCCUGUGCAGGAGCGAUGGACUUUCUGACCCUUCUGAAAGGUUCUGGAGUGCUCCAGAGGGUUCUGGAGGCCGGAGCAUCCCCGCUCGAGGUGUACAUUGUCUGAGAAUUCCAACAAACCCCCCCAAGUAGCAGGAAUUAGGGGGCUCACCCUGUGGGAUUACAGCACCAAGCGCUCUUCUCCCAGGAAUUUAUCCUUCUGCUCCAUGGAAUUGCCGCGUUAGUCCUAAAUUGGGAAUUUUGGGAGUGAUUUGAUUUCAUUUUGUAUCAGAAAAGGUUUUUUUUCCAGUGGGGCCCAGUCCAGAGAGGGGUUCCAAGUCCCUCAUAGCUUUCUCUGGAAAAAGGUUGGGAUAAAAAGGGGAUUUUUUGGAUCUUCCUGCACUCUGGGAGAUUGGAAUUGUAUCCACGAGAGAUUUUAUCGCCCUGUUUUGGAUGGAAUCCUUGGCGUCUAUAAAAUCAUGGCAGGUGGAAGAAGGAAGGGUCUGCAGCCCUUCUUUAGGGAGGUUGGACCCUCAGGAGCCCCUGUGGUCCUGGAAGGGGUCUGGGAAUGCUGUGGUAUCAGGAAUGUGCUGAGCAGGAUUUUGUCUCAUCCUGAAAUAUUCUUGGGGUCGAUUCAGGUUUUUCUGACCCUUUUCCACAUGCCUGUGGCCCCAGAUGUGUCCAAACCCCACUCUGCCCCCACAAGUCAUUCCAGGCAGGAAUUACGGACCACUCCCUUGGGAAUGCCCCUGCCCUCCCCUAUAAGUUAAGGGAACUCAUUAUUUUUGCUGAUUAUUCAGUUGUUUGGAGAAUUUUUUCCCAUUUCUGUGACUCUUUUCCAGGUCUGAAUCCUGGGAGCUAUCCUUGUACUCGUGGUAUCCACUGACUGCCCUCGGGGGACAUUGUGACCCCCAUCCCUUGUUGGGGGGACAUUCCCAAACCCCUUGGGCUCAGUGGUUCCACAUCCACAUGGAUUUAAUUCCUGGUUUUCUUUGCUCUUCCGUCCAAUAAAGGCCUUUCUCAAUGAA